AGAUGUGACCAGGCGUCUUGCAGGCAUCCGUAUAAAGAAAUUCUGGCCCGGUGGUCUGCAGCUCACCGUGUUUGCUCUGCCGGUCGGGCGCUAUCCAAGUCGGUCAGAUCCUCGCAACCACAUCUGUGGACUACAAAGGGUUUCUAUCCCUCGACCAUUUUGCUAGACACUUGAAUUGUGAAAUCUCGCAAUAUGCGUUUCACAGCAUGGGCACUGCCCACACUCAUCACAUCGGCAAGCGCACGCUUUGUGAUGUACGCCGAUGAAUGGCACCCUACUCGACCAACCAACGCUGCAGAUCGUGCUGGCAUCGAUCAUGUUGUCCUUGCUUUUGCCGCUGCGAACAAUACUGCAGGGUACUCGCCUAAGGUUCCGAUCUCGACUAUUCGCUCAGAAUUUCCUGAUGCAAAGAUCAUGAUUGCUGUCGGUGGAUGGGGCGACGACACUGGCUUCAACACAGUCUCUCAGUCCGACAGUACCAUCCAACAGUUCGCCAGCGAUGUGAAUACCAUGCUGACAAACACUGGUGCUGAUGGCGUUGAUAUCGACUGGGAAUAUCCUGGUGGCAACGGUGCUGACUACAAGGAGGUCGCCAACUCAGCCAAGACGUACCAGAUUGAAGCGUUCCCGAAACUCCUCGCAGCAACUCGUGCAGCUAUCGGCCCCAACAAGCUCCUCUCCAUCGCCGUCCCCGGCAAGAAAGGUGACAUGAUCGGGUUCACCGCCGACACAGGCCCCAAGAUCUGGCCCUCGGUCGACUACGUUAACAUCAUGUCCUACGACCUCAUGAACCGCCGCGACAACGUAACCGCGCACCACACCUCCCUCUCCGGUUCCCUCGACACAAUCAAAAACUACCUCGACAUCGGCGCCCCCCCGUCCAAGAUCAACCUCGGCUUCGCUUACUACGCCAAAUACUUCACCACGGCGGGCGACUGCACAGCCUCCCCGCUCGGCUGCCCCAUCGUCCCCGCCGAAGACCCGAUCACCGGCAAGGACCUGCUGACCAGCGGCGCCUGGACGUUUGAGCCUGCCCACAUGAAUCCUGUUGAUGCCUCCGCCCUCACAGUUUCUUAUGACGGCACCUGCGGCCCCGAGAAGGGCACACGGUGUGCGUCAGGCUGCUGCUCACAGUACGGCAACUGUGGAACCUCACCCGAGCACUGCUCCGGCGCGUGCCAACACGCUUUCGGCACGGGGUGCACUGAUGCGGACGUCGCGGGCUCGUGGCAGAAUGCCGCGGCGGGUGGCGUCGUCGACGAGGCAGCCGGUGGAAAGUACUACUACGACAAGGCAAACGGGCUUUUCUGGACAUGGGACACGCCCGAUCUAAUCUCGCGCAAGUUCGAGGAGAUCGUGCGCAAGUACGAGCUCGGGGGCGUGAUGGCAUGGAGUCUGGGCGAAGACAGCGCGGACUGGAGUCACGUCCACAGAAUGGCAGAGGAGCUUGCGCGCGCGCCGCUGCCUAAUGCUCCCUCGUCGCCCAAGCCCAAGCCCAAGCCCAAGCCUAAGCCCAAGCCGACUUACAACUCCCAGCCUAAACCCCAGCCCAGGCCAUCAUACACUCCCAACACCAAACCCAAGCCGAAGCCGAAGCCUAGGCCUUCACGCCCCACCCCACGCCCUCCUCGUCCCUCAUACAACCCUCAGGCAGAGGAUUGGCAGUCCCUCCCCGGCAACCCCUCGCUGGAAUCAAACCCCAACUUGCCCUAUGACAUCGUCUGGGUCGACGGCACAACGGACGGGUCGGGGAGCAAGUGGGAUGGGACACCGGGGUCUCCCGAUGAUUACGUUGUUCCGUGGGGCGGUAAGAGUGCUGCAGGUACAGGGGGAGAUGAUGGCUCGUGGGCGCCAGGCAAGUACGAUCGUGUCGCUCAAUCUGAGGCGGGGAGGGUCCCUGGGACUACGGAGGCGCCAGCUGGUUAUGCGGGUGAGAAGGCGCAGGCGCAGGGGGAGGAACAGGGGCCGGCUUGUCAGGUAAAGCGGGUGCGGAGGAAGAGGAGGGUUAUAAAGCGGAGGGGUGCGGGCAGUGUUUGAGGAACGAGCGGGUAGAUAGGAAGCGAGGGUAGAUGGGUGGUUUGGACGGUUUGGGUGGUUAUGAUUUGCGCAUGAUUAUGGUUAUGGUAAUGAAUUAACGAAUAUCGAUACUAGCAAUGAACUAAUGG